UUCCUCCUAUUUUACUCGCAAAAGCGACGUCCACUUUCCUAUCUCUUUAAAAUACAACAUUAGUCCUCCUCUGCAUUCCAUUCCAUUCCAAUUAUCAGUCACUCCAGUCAUGGCUCCUGCUACCAUUGCUUCUGUCCAUAUUUUCUUACUUGUAAUGUUAUCCCCUGCAUUUCUCUUUAUUCAGACAAUAAAACAUGUGUCCUGCAGUGGUACUCCCAAUAUCAUCUGCAUAGACUCUGAGAGAGAGUCUCUUCUCAGCUUCAAAGAAGCCCUCAUAGACCCUUCAAACCAGCUCUCUUCUUGGGUGGGCGACGAUUGCUGCGGAUGGACUGGCGUGACCUGUGACAACAUGUCCGGAAAUGUGAUCGAGCUCAAGCUUCGUAACAUGUUCUCAGACGACACUAAUGUGUUCGACGCAUCUGCCUAUGCAUUGGGCGGUCAGAUAAGUUCUUCUCUGCUUGAGUUGAGACAUUUGAGGUACUUAGAUCUUAGCAUGAAUAAUUUUGAAGGAACCCCAAUCCCAAACUUCCUUGGAUCAAUCAAGACAUUGAGAUACCUUAAUCUCUCUAGUGCAUCAUUUGGUGGGACUCUUCCUUCAAAUCUUGGUAACUUAUCAAGCUUGCAGUACCUUGAUCUAAACUCUUACUUUAAUGAGUCAACAGAAAAUGACCUGAAUUGGUUACCAAAUCUUACUUCUUUGAAGUACCUAAACUUGGGAAAUGUUGAUCUUAGUAAAGUUAGAAACUAUUGGCUUCAAGCAGUGAACAAGCUUUCUUCUCUCCAAGAGUUGCAUUUACCAACUUGUGGACUCUCCACUCUUCCUCUCUCUUCUUCAGUUGUUAACCUUACUUCCCUUUCCGUUCUUGAUCUCUCCUACAAUGGUUUCAAUUCCUCAAUACCUUCUUGGAUUUUCAACUUGACUAGUCUUGUUUAUCUUGACCUCAGUUCUAAUGAUAUCCAAGGUGUUUUUCCUGACGAAUUCGUGCAGCUGAAAUUUCUCAAACACAUUGAUCUGUCCGAGAACUCGUUCAUCCAAGGCAAUUUAUCUAGAACUCUAGGAAAGCUAUGCGGUUUGCAGGUGCUUGAUCUUUCUUUCAACGACAUUAAUGGGGAGAUGACGGACGUUAUUGAUGGCUUUUCUGAAUGCUCAAACUCUAGCUUAGAGUUACUGCAUUUAGGAUACAAUAACCUCAAUGGGUUUAUUCCAAGUUCAAUUGGGAACCUGAGGAAUCUGAAAUAUCUUCUUCUUAUGAGGAACUCGUUUUCUGGUUCAAUUCCAGAAACCAUCGGAAACUUGUCGUCCUUACAAGAAUUAUACCUCGCAGAUAAUUUGAUGGCAGGAACAAUUCCAGUCAGUCUGGGGCAACUCUCAAAGCUGGUUUAUGUUGAUAUCUCAAAAAAUCUGUGGACAGGAGUCAUCACAGAAGCUCAUUUUUCGAACUUGACGAGUUUGAAAGAGGUGUCUAUCGAUCAAUCUUCUGGUAGGAUCACCUUGGUUUUCAAUAUCAGUUAUGAGUGGAUACCCCCAUUUAAGCUCAGGUACAUCAACGUCAAAUCAUGUAAAGUAGGACCUGGAUUUCCGUCGUGGUUGAGGAAUCAGAAUGAGCUUAACUCUGUCUCGGUGGCGUGCGCUGAACUGUCAGGGACUAUACCAAAGUGGUUCUGGGAAUUAGAUCUGUUGUUGGAUAGGCUAGACUUCAGUAAUAAUCAGUUAACUGGGAGACUACCGAACACAAUAAGAUUCAAUCAUCAAGGAAUUGUUUUCUUGAACUCCAAUCUCUUCACAGGUCCUAUGCCACUGCUGUCAUCCAAUGUCACUUCCCUGCAUCUGGAUAAUAACUUGUUUUCUGGACCUAUUCCGACUGAUUUUGGCCAAAGAAUGCCAAUACUGGCAGAUUUGGAUCUCUCUUUUAACUCCUUAAAUGGUUCCAUUCCCAUGUCUGUCAGAAACCUAGCUUCUCUCCUGACUUUUGUCGUCUCCAAUAAUCGAUUGACUGGAAAAAUUCCCGAUUUUUGGGAUGGUCUACUUGAGAUCUAUGUUAUAGACAUGUCAAACAAUAGUUUCACUGGAGAGAUACCAAAAUCAUUUGGUUCUCUGAGUGGGCUCAAAUUCUUGACAUUAAGCAACAACCGCCUCUCUGGGGAGUUCCCAUCUGUUUUACGGAAUUGCACUAUGAUGGAAGCACUAAAACUCGGAGACAACAGAAUUUCAGGACGAGUUCCCGGAUGGAUUGGAGGAACAAUGCCAUCAUUGUUGAUUCUAAGUCUACGAUCAAACUUGUUCUCUGGAAAUGUACCAACAAAAUUAUGCAAUCUUUCCUCUCUUCACAUACUAGACCUCGCACAUAACAAUCUGUCAGGAUCGAUACCAUCUUGUGUUGGAAAUUUGAUUGGUAUGUCAUCUAUUCAAGAAGAUGCUCGUUACGAAGGACAGUUCAUCGUGGCAACGAAAGGGACAGAGUACUUCUAUGAAACUACUCUCUAUCUAGUGAAUAGUAUAGACCUUUCAGGCAAUAACCUGUCUGGUCAAGUACCGGAGCUAACAGAAAAUCUCUCAAAAUUAGGCAUCUUGAACCUCUCUAUCAAUCAUUUGACAGGUAAGAUACCAGAGAGCAUUAGUAGAUUGCGAAUUUUGGAGACACUCGACCUCUCAAGAAACCAACUAUCAGGAACAAUUCCUCCAGUCAUGGCCUCCAUAACUUCAUUAAAUCACCUAAACCUUUCUCAUAACAAUCUCUCAGGAAGUAUCCCAACCACAAACCAGUUUCAGACCUUCACUGAUCCGUCUAUCUAUGAAGGCAAUUCUGCACUUUGUGGCGUCCCACUACCGACCAAAUGUAACCGUGAUGAUGGAACAUCUAAUGAUUCUCCUGGAAAUGAAGACAAUGGUGAUGAAGACGAUGAUGAUAAUGAAAGAGUGUGGUUCUUCAUCAGCAUGGUACUAGGAUUUGUUGUGGGGUUUUGGGCUGUAUUUGGGACUCUGCUAGUAAAGAAGACUUGGAGGGAAGCGUACUGCAAGUUCUUUGAUGACAUGAAAGAGAGGCUAAGUGUGGCUUAUCUUCGAAGAAGGAUGAAAGAGAAAGGAACAGCGUCUUCAGGGUGACAGAAAUGGAUUUGAGUGAAGUCUUUUUACUAUAAUCAAUAACCAGAUAUCUCAUGUAUUGUAUUCAUAUGUAACUUUCACAUUAGAAGCAAUGCAUGAGCUUCAGUGCUA